ACAACGAGUUUCAUUCUAAAAAAGCACCCCCUUUUUCUUCUUCCUCUCAAUUUUUCUCUCUGCAGAAGAACCUACCAGAUGCUGAAACCGCACUGAAUCGCCAAUUUUUUUUUUUCAGGAAUAGUGAUGGAGAACAACAGCAAGAUGAAGGUUCCGAAGUCGAGGACUUUGAACGAAAACGUUUCGCCGUUUCAGAUCGAGUUGGAUGAUCAUAGAGGACGCUAUCUCCAAUCAACGAACAUGAGUCCAAGAUUUCAACCGUACGCAGAGAACAUCGACGCCGGCUCGCCGCUCGCGCGGUACCUCUUCAGCGCGUCUCCAAUUUCCCGGAAGGUUAUGAUCGGCGACGAGGCCUUCACUUCGCCGACGUUCGGCUCCAGCAAGUACGGCUCCAGCAGGCAUUCACUUCUCCGUCGUUCGCGGUCGCCGCUUUCUGCUAUUGAGAACGCGCCGCGCUUGUCGCCGCCGAUGUACGGAACGCCGGUGAAGGUGGAUGAUGAAGUUCUUGUGAUGGAUGAUAUUCUGGUGAGGCGAAUGUCGGGAGAAAAGAACGGAAGGUCUUCAUCAUCUUCCUCCGGCCGGGGUUCGUCGUCGUCGUCGAAGAGCGUGUUCAAGACGGAUAUUUGCAGAGCGUGGGAGGAAUCUGGAAACUGCCGCUACAACUCCAAAUGCCAGAUUGCACACGGGAAAGAGCUUCAUCCUAGUCGUCUCUCCAUGAUGAGCAAAUAUGAGGCACAGACGUCCAAAUCACCUUUGAGUGCAGGAUCACGCAUACAUGGCCCAAGUAGCCAGAGUUGUGGUAAGUCCUAUGCAGCAGCUGUAUCUGGAAAAGAAGUCACAACAUCCGAACAAGCUUCACAUGAACCUCAUCAUUCCCUUGUCAAUUCCAACACUUUCAAUGACUGGUCACCCUUGGAUGAUGGCAUUGAUGUUGUCCUCCCAAAUGUUUCUGAUAAAGCUCCGUCAAGGGAAGAAGUUGAUACACACAUUUUCAGGAUUCUCUAUGCACCCUCUACUAAAAGGAGGCUACCGGUAUUUGAAGAAAUUUGCCAAUGUGAAGAGAACCCGUGAUUUGUAAAAGGCCUCCUCACUGAUGGAAAGUACUCUUGAACAUCCUCCUAAGAUACUCUCAAAAGUCAAAACCAUUGUUUCUUCUGCCAUUUGAAUAACCCCCACCGUUUUUUUGGAAAAUUAUCCUCCCCUCCCUCCCUCUUUCUAAUUGAUUUCAAUCUUGGUUGGGUGAAUUGAUAAGUAUAACUGCGGUGACAGUUAAUAAUCAGUUGAAUAAUUUUGCAUGUUUUCCUAUCAGCUGGAUCAGAAUACAAAUAUUAGGUUGUUAAGAGUUUGAACAAUAAUUUU